AUUUAAACUUUAGCCUGCAGAAUAAAACACUGCGAUGAUGAUGAUGAUGAUGAUAACCGGAAUGUUUAUUUACGAUCUGAUCGAAUCUUUUAAAUCCGGUUCGUUGAUCGUUACAAGUGGUUUUCAGACUGAAUCUCGGACUCUCUGAUAUCUGACUGUCUGUGAUGAAGAUGAAGGUGAAGGUGAGCAGCUCGCUGUAUGUGGGCGACCUGGAGCCGGACGUGACUGAAGCCAUGCUGUUCGAGCGAUUCAGAUCGCUCGGCUCGGUUCAAUCGAUCCGAGUCUGCAGAGACCGACUCACCUGCCGCUCGCUCGGAUACGCGUACGUUAACUUCGAGCGAGCCGCUGACGCCGAGCGAGCCCUGGACACCAUGAACUUUGACCUCAUGCAGGGGAAGCCCAUGCGUCUGAUGUGGUCACAGAGAGACCCUUCGCUGAGGAAGAGCGGCGUGGGGAACAUCUUCAUCAAGAACCUGGAGAAAUCCAUCGACAGCGAGGGUCUGUAUGACAUCUUCUCCUCCUUCGGGACCAUCUUAUCCUGUAAAGUGGUUUGUGAUGAAAACGGAUCGAAAGGCUUUGGGUUUGUGCACUUUGAGACGCAUGAAGCUGCUGGAAAAGCCAUCGAGAAACUAAACGGCAUGUUGAUCAAUGAGCAGAACGUGUUCGUGGGACACUUCAAGUCCCAAAAGCAGCGCGAGGCUGAAAUGCAGGCGAGAAACAAAGAGUUCACAAACAUUUUCAUCAAGAACUUUGGGACGGAAGUGAAUGACGAGAUGCUGACGGAGAUAUUCAGUAAAUUCGGCCCAACUCUGAGCGUUCGGGUCAUGACGGAUGAGAAGGGAAACUCGAGAGGCUUCGGUUUCGCCAGCUUUGAGAAGCACAGUGAUGCCAGACGGGCGGUGGAGGAGCUAAACCAGACGGAGCUGAGCGGCAGAAAGGUGUUUGUGGGCCGCGCUCAGAAGAGACGAGAGCGGCAGACGGAGCUGAAGCGGCGCUUUGAGCAGAUCCAGCAGGAGCGCAUCACGCGCUGUCAGGGUGUGAAUCUGUACGUGAAGAAUCUGAGCGACAGCGUGGACAGCGAACGGCUGCUCAGAGAGUUCUCUCCAUACGGGAACAUCACCAGCGCUAAGGUGAUGACAGACGGCGGCCGCAGCCGAGGCUUCGGAUUCGUCUGCUUCUCGUCUCCUGAAGAAGCCACCAGAGCCAUCACUGAGAUGAACUGUCGCAUCAUCGACUCCAAGCCCAUAUAUGUGGCUCUGGCCCAGAGGAAGAAGGAGCGCCAGGCUCUGCUCAUCCACCAACACAUGAUGAGACGCCUGCAGCAGGUGCAGAACCUCUCUUCAUACAGCAUCACCCAGCCUCAGUGCGUCAGUCCUCAGGUGAAUCACAGUGUCUGGUCACCGCAGCACAUCUACACGCCUGAAGUUCACAAUCAUCACGAGUUCACAAGUGAUCCGCAGCAGCAGUGGGCUGUUCAACAGGUCCAGGAGACUCUGAGCUCACCCGUGUCCAGCCCAGCAGAAAACCAGAAGCAGAUGCUGGGUCUCAGUCUCUUCCCGCUGGUGCAGGAUGCGGUCGGGCCGCUGGCGAAUCAGAUCACGGAGAUGCUGCUGGAGACGGAUGAGUCUGAGCUGCUUCUGCUUCUGCGCUGCCAUCAGUCUCUGUGCAUCAAGGUGAACGAAGCGCUUGCUGUUCUUCAGUCUCAUCAGCCGAUGGAAGCGGCUCAGAUAUCGUUUAGCAGCCCUGCUAGUCAAGCUGUCUGAGACACAGAUAUCAAUGACCACACACAGAUUGAACAAUUAUAACAUUUAAUAUUCAUUUGAUUGUUACAAAAAUAUUUUAAUUAAUUUAAUAAUUCAGUGUAUAUUCAAAAUAUUGUUGUGGUAAAUAAAUGUCU